AUGGAUAGGGAAAAGUAUGAGAGGGUGCUAGAAGCAUGUUCAUUGAAGAAAGAUUUAGAGGUUCUACCAUUUGGUGAUCAGACCAUUAUUGGAGAAAAAGGAAUCAAUUUGAGUGGUGGACAGAAGCAAAGACUAGAAAUAGCGCGUGCUCUUUAUCAAGAUGCUGAUAUAUAUCUUCUCGACGAUCCCUUUAGUGCAGUUGAUGCUCAUACAGGAUCCCAUCUUUUUAAGUGUUUGCUUGGCGUUUUAAAAACAAAAAGUGUGAUAUACAUAACACAUCAAGUAAAUUUCUUACCUAACGCUGAUAUGAUACUUGUGAGUGAUUUAUAUAAAAAGGGUUCCUCAGCUGCACUUUCUGAAAUCAAGUUUACACCUUUAGAACUUGAAUCACGAGUGUGCUGA